AUGCCUGGUGAUGACCCUUUUGCCUUUGUGGCUCCCGCUGAGCGCAAGCCACUCAAGAAACCCCACUGGAGGGAGAAACUGUUUUCGAGGGAUAAGAAUAAGCACAAUGCAGACCAGCAAGUCGAAGCGUUUUUGGGCCCCACGCGUUCAAAGUCUUUGUCCGUGUCGCAAGGGUUGCCUCCAACAGCUGCCACCCCUCGAGGGCUGCCGACGUCUCGUAUUGACGUCUCUUCUCACCGAUGGCCAUCCUCCCAGGAUCUCCCAAACACAGCUCCUCCGCUUAACUCUGCCACCAAUGAGCACUUUCAGUCCCAUCCUCUGUCGAUGCCUCCUUGGAAAAGUCGUCCCCGCCCUGGUCUGAAGGUUCAAUUUAACGGCGGUGAGCCAGAAGUGAUCGGAGAGGGUGGCGACGAAUCUGAAGUUCCGACAAUAGAAAUAUCCAUGUAUCGUGCUCGUCCACGCAGACGAGGUACAGGUACAAGUCAGGCCAGCGACUCCUCGGCUCAGCCCGAGAACUUUCAAGCUACCCAGCCGCAACUUCGACUGGAUACUACGUUUGAGGAUGCCGAUGGUCGCGUGCCCCGUGGAACAACCCUCCAGCGAAAGGACACGACUGCAAAAGGUCUCCAUCCUUCGGAUUGGAAGCCAUUGCUGCAGAAUCCCCAGGACGCAGACUUUCUCAUGACGUUGAAUUUGGGACAAGGCGGGUCUCGUCUGUCAUUUCGAGCUUCCCCGGAAUCCAACUCAUUUGCCCAGCGGGUACGGGCAAAGAUGCAGGCGGAAGAAGGUCGUGCUUUGCAAUCCCAUCAGGAUGAUCGUGUGCCGCUUGACAACGACGAUGGCGAUACGUACCGGGCUGCUGACAUGGAACCAGACAGUCCUUCGUCAUAUGAAACACCUCCGUUGUCUGAAACAGAGGAGGUGCCUCCGGCUAAUCCCCUUCGCAGCCCAGAAACUCCCGUGAUGCACAUGCAAGGGAGUCCCAGCCCGAUCGAUACUCAUUCAGCUUAUGAUCUUACUCCGGCCGGCACUUUACCAAACCUUUCUUCUCCGAAGUCACAACCAAUGGUCUCUCCUCCCAAGCCACACGCACUGCCUUCUCCUCCCAAGCCGCAAGUAAUGCAUUCCCCUACAAAGUCGCAAACAAUGCAUUCUCCUCCGAAGCCAUCGGCAAUCCCUAUCGACCCUGCCUUGAAUGAACAAAGUCGUCCAUCUAGUAGGGAUAAUCGCGAUCUCCCUCGCAAUCCACAGCCGCCCAAGAUCUCCCUACGCUCGGUUGCCAAUCAGUUUGGAGAUUCUGCCUUUGCGGACUUCAAAGCCUACAUAGCCCAAUAUGCUGACCUGAUUAGACUUUCAGCCGAGGGUGUCAAGCCCUUGAUGGAAACCUCCCUUACUGAAUGGAUGAGGGCUGGUGUGUGGUGGUUUAUGCGCGGCAAGAAGAGGCUCGAAGCAUAUGCCCGAUCUCGACCUUCAAGUUCUGGUGGAGGGAACAAUCUUCAAGGCGCCAAGCAGGCUGUUAUCGACCUUGGCAAAGCUCUGUGGAUUAAUGAGAGCAUUGUUCCUCAACACAACGAGCUGGCCAGAUACGGAAAAAUGAGCAUCGAGGCUUUGAUUGCUGUAGUAAAUACAACCGGCGAUAAGCAGAUGGCCGAUCUUCUGGGUCUACACCAAGCCCUACUCAAUCACUUGCGAUCUUUGACUAUGUCUAUCAAGCGAAACAACAUUUUGUCGGUUCUCGCAUCUAACGGUGACUCGGUUGGCCAUGCCGACACUAGUGUUUGGCUACGAUAUCCUUUCUUCGCUCCCGAUGUUUCGGCAGUCCUUUCUGGCUCGGCUUCCAGAUCGAUGCUGAUUGACCAGCCCGGAAAGGGCCAAAACAUGGCCCAUAUGAUGCCGCUAGGCGAUACAAGUCGACAUUUUAGCUAUGGAAGCAUGUUUGUUGAUGUUUGCGUGAGUUCUAGUGAGGACGACUCCCAGCAAUUCUCCAUGCCAUGUGUGUUAUCCAUAAUCCGUGACCGUGGGGAUUGGUAUGUUCUCGCGGCUAUCUGUAGCCAGAGUGAAUUGGUCAAUACCAUGAUCCAGUCGGAUCGAAAGCAAGGCCCCACAUGGGAUGAUGUGGACUGGCAGGUCAGGACAAACUCAAUGAAUGUCAAGUUGCCUCGUGGCUUUGAGUUGGAUAUUACGUUCCAGGAAGACGAUUUCAAGACCCUUUGGAACAUUGUGAAAUACACAACAAAAACCGAAGCUAGCCUUUCACCCGAAGCCGGUGAAAAUAUCAUCUAUGAAAGUACCUUGAAGGUCUUCCAAUAUAUGGAUCCUGGCACGCCAAAGGCAUUCCCAGUGGAACCUAUCGAUCGAUGCCGACUCCGCUUGUUUGAGCGCUACGUGACAGUGACCGAAGGUACUGGUACCAGAAGUGUUCACCAAGGCUUCCGACUUGCCGUUCUCACUAGUCCCAAGGUGAAGACUCUCAGCAGCGCGAAUCACAUUUUAGGAUUCGGCACUCCUGUUGUGUUUGGCCUUCUUCGGGGUGAAGAUGGCGCCCCAGCGCUUUUGCUCAAAGUCAAGGAGGAUGGAAGGACCAGGUCUAUGUUGAUGACAUUCCACGAAGUCCAGGAGCGCACCACCAUGCAUUCUCUACUUUUGGGAAUGCUUACAAGGGAAACUGAAUCGAAAACACCGGACAUCGCAAUGCGGGCCUAUUCUAUCGAACAGCCAGCAGACAAGCAAAGUGGCAGGGCUGCCGUCACCCAUCUCCAGUUUCCGGCUGGAACUGUCUCGGUCAUUGAUCAAGAACAUGCAUUUGUGGACCAUGGAUAUGGGCCAACAAUUCUAUCGGAGCAUUUGCGAGCUUUCAUAGCCACAGAGUGGGGGUCUGCGACAGAUCGUAUCAACCUAGGGCCUGGUGAACUUAAACUGGGACUUGAUGUCAAUAACCGGACUGGACUCAGUCUGUAUCGACCUGGACAAAAGGAUUUGACUGUCUCCGUUGCUGAAAACCUUGUCCGCCCCGAAAUGCCGGAUACGUUGUCGGAUUUCUUACAGACAGCCAUGGUCAAGCCUAUGAUCCGACGGUUUGAUUUUGCCUCGCUGAAAGAUCUCCACGCUUUCGAGGCAGCCGUCACUGGCUUCAAAGUGCUAUUCGAUAGUGUUGCUUGUUAUUUUACGGUAUCACGGCGUCGGAUGGUGGUACCGAUCUCCAAGAAAUGGGAGUCGAGCCUUGCUCGAAUCCAAAUUGUCCAACAAGAGAAGGUCAUCCAACUGUUGGCAUUUUUCAACGAUUUCAACCACGGAAAGUGCAUGAAUUUUGUUCUCAAGGGAACAGAUACGCUCGAGUCAUUUGGUCGAUCUGGAAAGUUCUGUACUAGAAUCGUGGACGCCAAAUUCGCAUUGCCAAAGACCGAAGAUGAUCCAGCUUCCGACUUUGUCUGUUUAGAUAUGCCAGACUACCCAAUUGAGCAUGAUGACAUUGCCAUUGGGUUUGAUUCCGAGUCCGACGAUGCGUUGCAUGUGGUUACAGACGUGGCUCCUCCGCUGCAUCUUUCAACCACAUUUAGAUACCCAGAAAACCCGGAGGAUCUUGUGCCUUUGGCAGACCUCAUCACCUCUGACCCAGACCCUACCAAGCACGUUUACUCUCGGCUCUCUGCCCCUAACCCGACACGCUUCGAAGCCAUUCUUUCCUCUCUGCUCAAUGGCCAAGCUGUAAGCUACUCAUCUGGUUUGUCCGCUCUUCAUGCCGCAUUGGUCCUUCUCAAUCCCCGCCGCAUCUCUAUCGGACAUGGUUAUCAUGGCUGUCAUGGCGUCAUCGAGCUGUUCAGUCGCUUGACUGGACUUCAGAAGUUGGACCUUGACUGCCCUGCCGAGCAGUUGGAAGCUGGGGAUGUGAUUCACCUGGAAACGCCAGUCAAUCCAGCAGGUACCGCGUUCAAUAUCGAGGCAUACGCAGAGAAGGCACAUUCCCGGGGAGCAUACCUCAUAGUCGACGGUACAUUUGCCCCUCCGGGUCUCCAGGAUCCCUUCCAGUGGGGCGCGGAUAUUGUGAUGCACUCCGGUUCAAAGUAUUUUGGUGGACACAGUGACAUGCUUUGUGGUGUUCUCGCAACGAAUCGCAGUGAUUGGGUCAAGAAAUUGCGGGAGGACCGCCUAUAUCUUGGAAGUGUUAUGGGUAAUAUGGAGGGGUGGCUUGGUGUUCGGAGCUUGCGUACCCUCGAAGUUCGUGUUCAGCGCCAGAGCCAGAACGCCACGAAGCUUGUGUCGUGGCUCAAUGAUGCUCUUCAUGCACAAAGUCUACCUGGUAGUGAUGAAGCUGCAGCACAGUCUGUCACUCAGGAAGUUUACCAUGCAAGUCUCCAGAAGGAACCUUGGUUGCAGAAGCAGAUGCCGAACGGCUUUGGGCCUGUAUUUUCGAUUCUCACAAAGGAGGAAGCCUUCGCUCGGAAGCUCCCCAGCAAACUCUCGUUCUUCCAACACGCGACUAGUCUAGGAGGUGUGGAGUCACUGAUUGAGUGGCGGGCAUUGUCAGACGCUGGUGUGGAUCGCCGACUGUUGAGGAUCAGCGUUGGGUUGGAGAACUGGGAAGAUUUGAAGAGUGACUUGGUGGCUGCAUUUCAGGCUUUGGCCAAGGGCGACUAG